UAACAAAUAUGUUAGUCUUAUUUAAUAUUGUAUAUUAUAUAAUAAUUUAACUUUUAAUUCUACUUUACUAUAUUAUAUUGCGUAUAUUUUUAUAAAAUGUAUGAAGGUGUUGACGAUUUUGAUUUUUACGAAAGCUUGUACGAGAAUGGCCAUUGGGAAUGGGAUAUGAGUAAUGAAAAGCUCAUGUUUUACUGUGACUUACCACCGUCGGAAGAGGAAGAAGUUGUUAAGAUCCUCAAAAAAAUAGAUUUUCGCGAUGACAUCGACGUAUUGGAACAACAUAGAUUCAAGAAGUUUUUACAAAGAAAAACAGAAGUGGAUGACGUUGUGACUCUUCAGGAUGUGAAAGACGUUGUAAUAUUCACAGCACCGAUGUCCGCAUUAUCACCGGAAAUCAUAGGAAUUCUUCAUAUGCCGCCGACUGAGAGGUUCCUGCGAGCUUUGAUAUUAUAUACGCAAUUUUUUAUACAAGUAUCGGAUGAAAUGAAUCACCGCACGCUGGAAUUAGAAAGGAAAAUUCGAACCGAGAACGGUGUUCAGGUCGAAUUGAAAUACCGAGAAGAUCUAGAAGAUUUACGGCUGCUUGUUGCAAAGGAAUAUUGCAUCAUUAUUUUAGGAGGGGAGGGCCUAGAUAGAUUUCAUCACAUGGGCCCAAGAAAGAAACUCUCACUAAGUAAGAGAGAUAUAAUAUUCUUUAAGAAUUUCACAAGAAUUGCGAUUCAAAUCGUCUGGAUAGCACUUGGCAGGAAAUGCUUUAAGCAAGUCGAAAAUGAAAUAAAUCGUAUAUUGAAGUCUGACAUCUAUAAUAGUACGGUACAGAAUGGUAAAAUGAAUUCAAGGUUGAGCUCUGUUCUCCGUGGUCAAUGCUUGAAUCGAAGUACGAAGCUAAACGUCGUUUCGCCUUUAAUUAACGAAGUAUUCUGCGAUCGUCACAUAGACCACCCACAGCUAGGACUUGGGGUUUUGAAAUAUUCGGGUUUAAAUACCCCGGAGUAUCCCAGGAGCGCACUUAUGAUUUUAAGAUUUACUCAAGCUCGUCAGAUUUUAAUAGUGUAUAGCUUAAGCCAACGACUACUUGUCUUAGAAACAUUGUUGUGUGGAUCUGAAACCAAAUUGAGACAAAUAGGACUUUCUCUUGGUAUCGUUGGACUGCGCCGUGCACAGUUCGAUAUAAUGUUACACGAUAUUUCAGUGGUGGGAGGAACGUCAAAUACUAGUAUUUCGACUGGUGGUCGCAAAAAGUCCGCUUCGAGACAAUCAAACAGAAUGUCAAACAGGCAGAAAAGUUCAACUUCAGACGUCCCACAACAAACGUAUUUGGAUAUUCACUUACCUGAGAAAAGUAUAACAACAUCAAUUGAGCCCACCGAUUGCUUUCCGACUGAGUCUCGUCAUGAAGCGUAUCAAGAUCAGAGUGUCAAGAUGCAAAAGUGUAAAUGGCUGCGCUACAUAGCCAAACGAAAGAAGAACAAAGCAAGGCUGCAUUAAAGUUUCUUUUACACCUUCCAA